AAAUUCCAGCAGAUUUUAUGUGGUAUCAGAGCCAUCAAAAGCUUAAUCUAUGGCAUUUGACGAUUCCACUCCAAAUCCAACCCGCAGUAGUAGUAAUGAAACUAUUGACCUUUCAUCCAUUGACCAGUACAAUAAUCCCUUUUAUCUUCAUCCAUCAGAUAAUCUUGGUAAUAUCCUGGUGUCUAUUCUGCUUAUUGGCGACAGUUAUGCUACUUGGCGUUGUGCUGUCAUUAUUACUCUCACAGAAAAAAACAAAUUAGGUUUUGUUGAUGGGAAGCUUCCUCGACCAGCUAGUGAUUCUCCUAAUUUUCAAUCAUGGACUGGUUGUAACACCAUAAUCACAAGUCUUGUUAAAAGGAUCCUUUUUCGCCUGUCAACAAAGCUUAUUCUCUUAUGCUACGAGAAGAAAGGACCUAUCAACUUGGAGGAUGAUUGGAGUGGCGAAGCGUGAGGGAGAGUUGUAUCUAUUUCGGUCAACCUCUUUUGCUCUUAAUGUUUAACUUCCUUCUACUUUUGACAUUUGGCAUUGGUGUCUUGGACAUUUGUCUCGCCUUAGAUUAAAUGUUCUUUCCCAAUUCAAUAAAGAAAUUGUUAGUAA